UAGUACCCCUACCCCUACCCCUUCUGCUGCCCCUGUCAAACUAGUUCUGCAAUCGUCUCGAUCCCCAGUGCUCCUGCCAAUGUACCUAUGGCCGGGGGCUCCGGGGGUUACGGUGGGUACGGCUAUGGGUAUGGAGGGGGGCUGAGGCCAUGUGUAGAGACUCUCGAGGCCACUAUCGCAGGGAUUAAGGUGCAUCAGGAUGCUGAGAUUGCCAAAGAGAGAAGAAAGAGAGAGGAGGAGGAGCGUAUUAAGAAGGAGAAUGAAGAAGAAGAACAGAGACUACGGGAGAAGAAGGCACGGGAAGAUUUUCAAACUGAGAUGAAGAAAGAGAUUAACAGUAAGUUGGAUAUUACUAAGAUGAAAGUGGAGAUUGAAAGUUUGCGUAAGGCACUGCGCAACGACAAUGGUGCGUCGUCUUCGGAGAAUGCCUUCGACAAGUAUAAGCGUGAGUUAGAGGAGAAGAGGGCGAGGUCCGACCGCCGGCUUGCUGCGAUGGAAGAUGAGAUAGCAAGGUUGAAAAUGGUUAAUGAUGAAGCCGUUGAUGCCGCUGAUGUAUGGAAGCGUGAGGUGCUCCGACCUGGCAACAAGCGUGGGAGCGUUGCUGUCACAGCUACCCCUAUACCUAGGACGAGGACUUGUGCUCGUGUGACUCCGAUACCAUCGCCUUCCGUUGAAGAUCUGAAGUUGAAAGAAAAGGUGGAACAUCAAGAGCGUGAAAUUGAGCUUUUGAGAGAGUGGUGGCUACGUGAGCUCAACGGACGGCGGCAGGCGGAACAAGAGGUUGAUCGGUUGAAAGAGAAGAUGGCUCGACUAGAGGUUGGGAGGCGUACCCCGUUGGCUUCCAAUCUCAAGACACGUUUGGAUAAAGUGGCUACUGCGACAGCUGGAAAAGGAAAAAGGCCGAUGAGCCCUGCUACGCAAGCUGUGGAGGCCAAUGACCGUGAAGCAUUCCUUGUCGAUACUAGAAGAGCGCUGGAAACGCUGAAGAAGGAGAAAAUUGUGGAGCUCUUUGCGAAAGAAGGUGUUUCUUAUUCCACUCUGGAGAAGACGAAAGAAGAGUUAGUGCUGAAACGUGCUGAGGUAGCCUUUGGCAAAGAUCGGAUCGGUACAUUGAAGAAAAGUGGGGUGGUGCUCCGUGAUGUUACCGAAGAUGCUGAGCAGGGCACUGACAACAGUACCGAGGUCAACGAUGACUCUGCUCAUUCGUGAGGUUGUUCCCGGACGUGACGUGGCUGUGGAAUCUCCUGCGUUGUUGUGUU